AUUAUUACCACAGGCUUUUGCACAUGAGAAACUCGCUCGCGUAGUAAGUCCAUCCAGCACGAGGCGCUGCUCCAUCUUAUAUUUUAUACACUUCCUCAUCUCCAUUCCACCAAGAACAAAAGAACACUUCUUCUUUCUCUCUCAUCGUCUGCGACUAAAGACUAAACACAACAUGGAUCAAGAAAAGUUAGCCAGGAUUCAAGCCCAAGUUCGAAUUGGAGGAAAGGGGACGGCCCGCAGGAAGAAGAAGGUUGUUCACAGGAGUGCUACUACAGAUGAUAAAAAGUUGCAAUCGACCCUUAAAAAACUCGCCGUGAGCACUAUCCCCGGAAUUGAAGAGGUAAACAUGAUCAAGGAUGACGGAACCGUAAUUCAUUUCAACAAUCCAAAGGUGCAAGCGUCUUUGAGCUCAAACGUUUUCGCUGUUACUGGACAUGGAGAGACGAAAGAGGUGGCUGAGAUGUUGCCAGCAAUUUUGAGUCAAAUGGGGCCAGAGAGUUUGGAACACGUUAAAAGGUUUGCGUACACGGGAGGACAACAACGUUCGGCUGCACAGCUCAGUGGAAAAAUUGAUGCUGGUGAAGAUGGAGAUGCUGACAGUGAUGACGAGGACGUGCCGGAUUUGGUUUCAAACUUUGAUUUGCCGAGCAAGGAUGAAGCCAACGUGGCAAAAACGACUGACACUACCGCCCCGGCAGAAACACCAAGCAAGAAAGAAGAAUGAAAAAUUUAUCAAGUUAAUAGCAUCGUUUAAAAUUUUCACUCUUUUCUUGCAUUUAGUUGUCCCAUUUUUGGUUUGCUGAAGAUUUUGUUGGGCUAUGAGAACAGCAAAAUCAAUGUGUAUUGUCUUUAAGUUUGUAUCACUUGGUUCGCUCGUAAUAAUUAUAAGUAGUGAUUAAAAUUUUCUUUUUUGAUUAUAUAUAUCCUCCUUUCAGACAAACAACUUGCUUUACAAAUUUUCACCAUGAUAAAAUUUUCAGGCAUCGAAGUCUAUUAUAAAUAUAAUUUCAUCAUUAGUGCGAUCACUUUGGUCUACAAAAACCAUUUCACCGGUUACUGAUUGUUUCUUACAGAUAAAUUUACAGUAAUAAAAUGUACCUAAAUAUAUUAUAAAGUUAA